UAGGGCUCAAAAGAAAUUUCUGACGCAGUGAAGGCCGGGUAGCUCCCGGUGGCUGGAGCGGUAGUAGCAGCGGCCUUUCCGGGAGCGAAAGGGCAACCUUCCGUCAUCUUCGCGUGUGCGAGCGCGAGUUCACUAGUUCAGGCGUGAAACAGCCCCGUUUAAGAAGAAGAAGAAGAAGAAGGAGGAGGAGGGGCGGGAGUGUGUAGCAAAGUGGGACGACGCCAUGGCCUCUGCAAUCUUUCGCUCCCCGUUUCUUUCCUCCUCUUCUUCUUUACGUUUUCUAAGUUCCGGCGCUGGAAGAUCUGUCGACUACCGAAGCCCGUCCACUGUUCGCUUUUCAGCUAAGAUUGGAGGCCCAGCUGUUGCCAGGAGACGGCCGGAGCGCAUUGUCAAGGUUGCGUUCGAUGAAGCCGCCACGGCAGACGAGUUGGGAAUUCUCGAGGUCGGAGCUCUGAAUCCAGCAGUAUCUUCGUCUUACCGGAACCCAGAGAUCCCGAAGCCGAACCAGACAGUACUGGAGGCUCAGGCGAGGGUAUGCACUGGGCCGACACAGACGAGGCCGCUAUCGGAGGAGCAAGCUUUCCGCGUCCUCGAUACGAUCCUAAGAUCAGCUAGAGGAGAACUGGGAGAUGAAGAGGAAGUAUCUAAAGCACAACUUGGAGCAUUUUUUGCUGGGAUGACAAUACGUGCAAAUUCUUUUCCAGAGGCUACUCAAUGGAGUGAAGGAGAAAGAAAUGCUAUGAAUACUUUCUGGCCGCUUCUGGUGCAGUGUUUGCCACCAGAUGUUCUUUUUAUAGCAGAUCCUGAAGGCACAAUUAUGGGGGGAUCCAGUUCAGUUGGGCCUUUAUAUACUGGCCAAGGAACUACUGAGAUGAGAUUGGUAGGUGCCCUACGAGAAGUCUUGGCAGGUGGUCACCUUGGUUAUGAGGAGGUUCAGGGGGUACUUCGGGAUACUCUUCCUUUAAGAUCAGAUGAUGUGGACCUAAGAAGUGUCAAAGAUUCAUUGUUAUCAGCAUUUCUUAUUGGUCAAAGAAUGAAUGGAGAAACAGACAGGGAAAUAAAGGCUUAUUGCCUGGCUUUCGAUAAUGAACAUGGUGCUUUACCAAUGGCUGAUGUUAGCUCUUUAACACACUAUGGUGAACCCUAUGAUGGAAAUACUAGAUUCUUCAAAAGUACACUUUUUGUUGCUGCAGUUAGAUCCUGCUAUGGAGAAUGCUGCCUGCUUCAUGGGGCAGAAUGGAUGCCACCUAAGGGGGGUGUCACUGAUGAACAAAUGCUUAUGUUCAUGGGAGCUAGUACUAGCUUGACCCCUAUUGAGGCUAGAAUGCUUCUUGAGGAUGAGGAUGUUGGUUUUGCGUACAUAAGUCAACGUGAAGCUUGCCCAUCCUUAUAUUCACUUGUUGGAUUGAGGGAGCAUAUAAAAAAGCGUCCACCAAUUGCUACUUCUGAGAAAGUUCAGCAGUAUGUGCGGGCACGGGGGAAGGAGUCCAUUGUUGCUGGCUUUUACCAUGAGGGUUAUCUAGAUAAACUGCUGACUCUUAUGAGAAGACGAGGAGUUCAUUCUGGUCUAGUGGUGAAGGGUGAGGAAGGUGGAAUUUCAAUGACAACAAAGCCACGCUCACUAGCAGCAUCAAAAGGUCUGCCAGUAAACUACUGUGCAGGGUUUCGUUCACUUCAAGUCAGUGGAAGUAAUUCAGAAGCCGAUGGGGUUUCUCGUGAAAGUUUCAGUAUUGAAGUCAAUGCUAAGGAUUACGGUUUUCAGCCAAGUGAUACCCCAAGAACUGAUAGAUCGGUUUCGAAGAACAUCGAAUUGGGUAUAGCUGCUCUUCGUGGAGAAAAAGGACCAGUCUAUGACCGGAUUGUGCUGAAUGCCGGAUUGGUAGACCACUUGCUUGGCUGCCCUGGUGCAGAGGAUGCUUUGUCAGCAAUGGAGAGAGCUAGAGAAGCAAUUGACAGCGGCAAGGCUUUGAAGAGGUUAAUGGCGUACAUAAAGGCUACUCACCAAAUGAAGUGAUUUAUCAGUUUUUCUUCUUUCGUAUCAUGAACGUGGAACGGAGGGUGGGGUUGGCUUUGCGAUUUCCUCGGGGAAGGAACAAUGUUUAAAAUAAUGUUCUCAUCCAGACAUCAUGUGGCUGUCUUCCUUAAAGAGUGUAAUUAUGUCUUAAAGAUGGUAAUCUGUUUGUUGAUUAAUGACAAGAAACAAAAAAUGUGCAUACAAAAUUGUACUUUUGGUAAAGAAUGGGAAUAAUUUCCAGGUUGAUAAAAA